AUGUCCCGAAAAUCAAGCGACAAUGACUAUAACCUUCGUAGUAUGAACAAUCUCAUGGGGGAGAGGAGGAAGAAAGUGAACGAUGAUGGAGAGCGGAGUCUUAUCAAGGCUCCUUCAAAUGCAAGUAUUAAUAGCCAGGGAACGGCAACCGCUACUUCCACUGGGGACUUAGAGCGAGCCGCUCGUAAACAGUUCCAACAAGAUGAAACGCCAGCGUUCGUUUACAUCCUUGCUGUCUUCUCAGCUCUUGGGGGCUUUCUUUUCGGAUAUGAUACAGGUGUGGUCUCCGGAGCACUGCUUCUACUUAAGAGGGAGAUGAAUCUGAGUGCUCUAUGGCAAGAGCUGCUUGUGUCAAGUACUGUAGCCGCCGCGGCGUUGUCCGCCUUAGCAGGUGGAUUUCUUAACGGAGUUUUCGGGCGCAGGGUGUGCAUCCUGCUUGCCAGCUUCAUCUUUUCCAUCGGCGGAAUAGUCUUAAGCUCUGCUACGAAUAAAGUGGCUCUUCUGAUUGGACGUCUUAUAGUAGGCUUGGGACUAGGUAUUGCCUCUAUGACUGUUCCUGUCUAUAUUGCUGAGGCAUCACCACCCCAUCUGAGAGGCCAGCUGGUCACCAUCAACACCUUAUUCAUCACUGCUGGCCAGUUUAUUGCCAGCCUCAUCGAUGGAGCCUUCAGCUACCUAACUCAAGGUGGAUGGAGGUACAUGUUGGGGUUGUCCGUGAUGCCUGCUUUACUGCAGUUCCUAGGGUUCCUCUUCCUGCCGGAGAGCCCACGCUGGCUCAUCCAGAAGGGCCUGACUCAGAAAGCCCGCCGUGUGCUCAGCCAGAUCCGUGGUAACCAGAACAUCGACGAAGAAUAUGACAGCAUUAAGAACAGUAUUGAGGAGGAGGAGAAAGACUGUGGAGGAGGCCCUGUGAUCUGGCGCAUUCUGACCUAUCCACCAGCUCGCCGCGCUCUCAUCGUAGGCUGUGGGCUGCAGAUGUUCCAGCAGCUCUCUGGGAUCAACACUGUCAUGUACUAUAGCGCCACCAUACUGCAGAUGUCAGGAGUGCGAGAUGACAAGAUUGCCAUUUGGCUGGCAGCAGUUACAGCCUUCACCAACUUCCUUUUCACUUUACUGGGGGUGUGGCUUGUGGAGAGAGUGGGCCGCAGAAGACUAACUCUGGGGAGCAUUAUUGGCACUAGUCUGAGUCUGUUACUGCUGGCGAUUGGGUUUCUACUGUCUGCACAACACUCCCCUCCUGUCACUCUUCAUCCAAAUGAUCCAUCUGCGCCCAACACCAGCUGUACAAGUCACUUGUCUUGUGAGCCCUGCAUGCUGGACCCAAGCUGCGGGUUCUGUUAUCGAGAGAACAGUACAGCAGUGUUCGCUUCCUCCUGUGAACCAGUCAAUCCAGCCUCCACUGAAAAGGCAGCAUGGGGUCGGUGUUCCAACUCAACCCAGGCAAAAGAUCAAACCUUUUGGGCUUAUAACUUCUGCCCCACUUCUUACUCUUGGAUAGUCCUACUGGGUCUCGUAUUUUACCUGGCAUUCUUCGCCCCUGGAAUGGGCCCAAUGCCCUGGACAGUCAACUCAGAGAUUUACCCUCUAUGGGCCAGAAGCACAGGAAAUGCCUGUUCGGCCGGAGUUAACUGGACCUUCAAUGUGCUGGUCUCUCUGACUUUCCUCCAUGUGGCCCAGUACCUGACCUACUAUGGUGCAUUCUUCCUCUACUCCAGCUUUGCUCUCCUGGGUUUCCUCUUCAUCUAUGGUUGCCUGCCUGAAACCAAGGGCAGACGGCUGGAGGAGAUUGAGUCCCUGUUUGAGAGUCGACUUUGCUCAUGUGGCGCCUCUGACUCAGAUGAAGGCCGCCAGGUGGAAUAUAUUCGGGUCAAGGGGAGCAACUACCACCUGUCUGACAACGAUGCCUCCGAUGUUGAGUAA